AUGGCGUUGGAUGACUUUCUUGUGGACUGGGACCCAAAUGCCGAUCAAUCAUUCUUCAGUGAACCUGAGCAGCGCAACCCUGUGGCCGAAUCACCCAUCAAGCACUUUUUCACCUGGAAGGAGGAAACCAGAUCGACACCCUGGUCGAGAUCCAUUGGUGAGAGGUUUCGGCAUCUUUUCUUCUCUAAUCUCGAUCUUCCCGAUGAAAACGAAUGGCGCUUUGAAAGACCGCUGGGCAAGGGGGCGUUUGGUGCGGCAGCCCUGUUUUUCAAACGGAAUGAGAGGCAAGAAAAAAUAGAUGCACUCGCAUUGAAAGUCACGGAUUUCAAUCCAUCCGAUUUCGUUCCAGCCCCAGGGAAGCAGAUGACGUUGACUCACGAAGCAGCCAUCAUGGCGCAAACCAACGAUCUCGAGUCUGAUAGCCUUGUGCGCCUCCGUCAGUAUAAAGUCGACCUGCAAUACAACCGAUACUAUAUUGAAUACUGUGAAUUUGGCACGUUGGAGACACUCCGGCUGAGAUAUAAAGCAUGGAAUAAAUACCUUCCUGAAGCUUUCUUGUGGCAUACCUUCUACUACCUGGCAAAGGCCUAUCUUGACUUUUGCACUGGUUCAUAUAGGAGUCUGCUCUCUUCAGAUUUUGGGCAGGCGCCGCCUGGAGAGUAUCUUCUGCAUAACGACAUAAAGACGGACAACAUCUUUUUGGCCAUGAAUACUGACGAAGAUGACGGGACCUUUUGGUAUCCUAUACCAAAGAUAGGUGAUUUUGGCUUGGCCAUGACCAUUAAUCCUGAUGAACUCGUAAGGGGUACGGCCGCAGCAAUACAACGCGGCACUGAACUUUGGCAGCCACCAGAACAACGCAUCAAAUAUAUGACGGCUUGGCACCGGUAUCAUUUCGGGGACGACGUCGAUCCUCGAUUUCCUCCGAACACAAACCCAGCCCUGCGUCGAAUCCGUCCAGAAGCAAACAUCUGGGCCAUUGGUGCCGUCAUGUGGAGUUUGAUGACCCUGGAGGAGAUAGAUGAACUCAGUGACAGAGUCAUCGAUAUCCUGAUGGGCGAAGGACCUGCCUGGCUUACUUUCGGCGGGACAAAUGUCCUCGACAGAGCCGACCCCGAAAUCAGGAAACGCUAUAGCCCUGAACUCUUUGAGCUCAUCCAGGAAUGCACGAGUUUGAGACCAGGCAGUCGACCGCCCCCAAGCCGCCUGCUUCAGGAUGUUCUCGCUAACAUGGAAAAGUGCUUUGAGCAGGAGGAAGAGAUGUUCAGGCAUACGAACGACCGGGCGCCAAUCACUGUGGCCUUUGCCCAAGACCACUUCAAUGACCUUCCAGACGGUGGUGCAAAUCUCAACAGACAAUGUGUUUUUUGGGACGAUUUCGCGGAUCACCUCCUCUGGGACAAGAAAGAAUGGGACUUUGUGUGCCCGCCAGCAGCACCACGCGAACUAAAUUUUGACGACAGCUGGCCGAGACAAAUACGCGAGAGACUAGAAGAGAGGUGGAAAGAAGCAGUGCUGAGGAGAGAUAGAGGGGCUGCUCAAAACAACGAUGGAGGAGGGAAGCUGUCUGGUCAACAAGAAACGCUUCCAAGAGCGUCUGGGGGCUUAGCAACCCGGUCUCAUGAUCAACGUAUUCCAGAACCACAAGGGGAGAGGCCUCGAAAGCGCAUGACGUGGUGA